GUAUGUGCGUGGACGGGGGCGUGUGCAUCGCGCCGCGCCGGAGCCUGGCGGUACCAGGAGCGAUCGAACCUGCGGACGGAAGCGGGGAGCGGCGUGAGAUUAUGGACGGACGUCAAGCAAUGGGACCGCCCGCCUGCCGUUUGAUUCUGUGCGAAGAAUGGCGACUGGGCGGGUGACGUCACCGUCUGUCGAACAAAGACUCCGAGCGGCGGAGGAACAUUUUGGAGUUGGCUUGAACGGCGAGCGAGCUGCGUUAGCAUUAGCGAGCCUCUUAGGACGAGGAUGAGGGAGGGAUCGAUCGGCCAUCACUCGGCUCGAUGCAAAGUCCACUCGGGCGCUCGAUCUGACGUCAGCGCGCGUGCAGCCAAAGUCCUUUUGCACUUUGGACGCCCAAAGGUCCUGCUAACGAUUAGAAGAAGUUGACGGGCCAGGUCUGCACGUGUUUUUCGCUCGUCUGCGUGAAUCCAAAUUGGACGCCUCUUGGUGUGCCUCUUUUUGUUGCCUCGUGGGCUGUCACGGUCACCGUCGAGUCUUUGGAGUGGGCCCGAGCCCAAAGUGACACCUGCCUGCGUCUUCCCUGCCUGCCUGCGUCUUCCCUGCCUGCCUGCCUGCGUGGCUGGCUGGCUGGCUGGCUGCCUGCCUGCCUGCGUGGCUGGCUGGCUGCCUGCCUGCCUGCCUGCCUGCCUGCCUGCCUGCGUGGCUGGCUGCCUGCCUGCCUGCCUGCCUGCGUGGCUGGCUGCCUGCCUGCGUGGCUGGCUGCCUCCCUGCCUGCGUGGCUGCCUGCGUGGCUGCCUGCCUAACCGUUCGUCCGCCUGCCCGCCCGCCUGCCCGCUCCCUGCACGGCUUGUUGACUUGUCAAAGUUUUUGCUUUCGGCCACUGCCAGACUGGGCAGUCCGGUGACCAGUCCAUCGAAUUGGACGAGCGACAAGGCCGUCGACCCGCCUUCCGCCAUGACUCGGCCGUUGGUCCUAGCGCUGGUCCUGGCUCUGGCCCCGCCGUGCGUCCGCUCCCAACCCGAGAGCUGCUUCUCCCGGCAGCACGCCAACGCCGCCGUCAACGCCAGGGUGGCGCUCGCUGCCACCGCCGGCGUCACCGCCGGCGUCACCGCCGCCGCCCGAUCCGCAAAGAGCGAGCAGGAAUGCGUGCUGGCCUGCUGCUCCCAGCGGGUGCAAGCGGGCGCCAAGUGCAACGUGGCGGUGUUUAAUGGCAACAAGCAUGGUGGCGGGGGCGGCGAGGACAACUGCUUCCUGUACCACUGUCCCAAUGAGCGCGACUGUCCGCUGAUGCAGGCGCCGCCCGGCGUGCGCACCUUCGACAUCUUCAAAGGUGUGAUCCACCCAAGCACCGUCCGUCCCGCCGCGACCUCGAUCGCCAGCGCGCCCGCACUGACCAUCGCCGCCGGCCCAGACGUUUUCGUGACCGUGGCGGCCGCCAAGUCGGCGGACAAGGCGGCUACGAAGCAAAAGAAGGCAAAAAGUGACCAGAAGCCAAAAAGUCAAGUGGCGGCGGCUGCGGCAGCACCAAAGACUGCUGCCGCAGCGCCAUUGAGCACUCCGCCUCCUCCGAGCACACCUCGGCCUACGACGUCUGCUGCGAGCGCACCUCCUACGAGCGCUACGACUCCGCCCCCUGUGACGACAACUCCCGCCGCUGCAACGUCCAAGCCGCAGUCUCCUACAACCACGACGACAACGCCGCCUCCUAGCAGCAAGACUCUGCCUCCCACACCUUCUCCUUCAGCGGCACCCGUGACUCCUUCUCCUACCACGAGCACGAGCCCUCCUCUCCUGACAACGCCUUCGUCACGUCUGACCGCAGCCACUCCGAUAACAUCCGGCAGCAGGCGUAGUCAGGCGUCCAAGGUGCCGGCAGGUUCCCAGGAGAGCGGCGGCAAAAUGUCAUCGGGCGCGCCGAAGAGCGGCGUGGUGGCGUUCCUGGUGGCGGGCGCCGUGGCGCUGAUGCUGGCACUGGCUGUGGCGCUGGGCGGGCGCAAGGCUGUGGAGUCUUUCGACAGACGCCAUUACACGCGGCUGGAGCUCACCGACCUCCACUACGACCUGUGAAGCGGCCGGCGACGCUCCACGGCGAGCGAUAAAUGGCGGGACACGGCGAGCGGGGAGAAUAUCUGCAAACUCAGGAAGACGCUCGCCGACGACACGCGGGACUUGACUUGCUGUCCUUUCCUCUUCUUCGAAUCGCCACUGAAUGGUGGAUGAAAAAUGACUCUCUUAUUUCCAUGUUUCAAACGGACAAUCCACUCUGAUUGGGUGACGGGUUGCCCCCCCCCCCCCCCCCCGUCCGUAUCAUCCGUCAGAAAAAUGGUUGUGCAAAGUCAAAUGGGGUGUUGACAGAGAGGAGAUCUCCGUUUUUCUCACUCUGCUUUCAUGGAGGACUUGACAAACGUGUUGUCAGAGAGGCUGAAAUCUUGAGCCAUUUGACAAGUUUAACUUCAACAGUGGCUCCAAAUGAUGAACGGAUUCUCCAAAUAGUCAUUUGAGAUUCAGUCAGUUGUCUCUUGAUGAAUGACUCGUUGCACUUGUCCAUCACCGGCAUGUUGUUCAUCUGCUUACAAGCGCGCGCGCGCGCGCACACACACACGCACGCACACACACACACUUCGUUUUAAGAUGACGCUUUGGUUGUCAUGAAUGGCGAGCGUUUCUUAGCAAUUGUAGUGCUCACCUUGACCACAUAGUGGCGGCAGCAACUGGCCCAAUCGCUCGGCACAACCCCCCCCCCCCCCCCCCAUCAAUUUUUUGCUCAGAUUGUUCAUGCUGCUAUUGGGUUUAAUCCAAAACUAAUCUUGUUCUCCAAUCAAGCAAGGCUUUUUUCAGAGUAUCUUCUUCUUGUACGCAUUAAAAUUGGAACGAUUGUUUUUCA